AUGACGGUGAUGAACAACGUCUUCACACCUGUUUCGCCUAUCAUUGCCAAUUAUCAGAUCAUAAUCUUAUGGUCUCAUGUCAAUAGUGAAAAAGAUGCCCGAGAAACAAAUCAUGGUGGAUGUAGUCCAAACCAUUUUGUUCCUCUUAUGUCACCGGCUAUGGAUUAUGAUUUUGAGAGUAGCAAUGAGUCAACGUCAACGAUUAUGAAAACAUUGAAGAAUAAUGUUCAUACGCAAAUACGAAUUCCUGAGUUUCAAUCUUCUCCCAGUAGACGUUUACGAACGGAAAUGCGUCCUGAAAAUGACUCCGCUCAAUCAAUUAUUUCGGGACAGAUUAAAAACCAACAGGAUGACAUAGAGCCACGGCAUCAAAGCCGACUAGAAAAGAAACGAGAAUAUGCUCGUGCAAGUCGAACGAACGAGACAGACAACGAGCAUCAACAACGGCUAGAAAAGCAAAAAAGUCGAAGUCAAUUGAACCGAGCGAUGGAAACAGAAGAACAACGUCAAAACCGACUCCAAAACGACAGAGAACGAACUCGAUCAAGUCGUAGGCAUGAAACCGAAGAGCAACGUCAAAAUCGACUUAAGAAAAAUAGAGAACGAACUCAAUCUAGUCGACGGAAUGAAACCGAACAACAACGUCAAAAUCGACUUAAGAUUGACAGAGAACGAGCUGGAUCCACUCGCAUGAAUAAAACCGAAGAACAACGUCAAAAUAGGAUCGAGCAACAAAGGAAACGAAGUCAGGUAAAUAGAACCAAAAAGAAACUCGAAAAACGCACUUCUCACAACACUGCUGUUCAACAUCAAGAUAUUCUUAUGCAGUUAAAUGAAACGGAAGAUCACGCGCCUCUUCGUGGUAACAGCAUGAAUGAUCUUACACAAAACGAAAAUGUCACAAAGAAAAACAAGAGUUCUAUUUAUCCGCGUUGGCCUGAGUCGAUUUCUCAUGAUUUAAAGGAGGCUUGUUUGAAACAAUUUCUCAAGCAUAUGUCCAUGUCGGCGCUAGCUGAAGCUACCUGUGCUGUUUGCAAUGUUCGCAUCCCAGUACAAAACUCGAAGAAAAUAUUGGUUUCAAAAAUUCCUAACAUCCAUGUACUUAAAGUUUCUGACGAGCUCAAUGAGUUAGUUGGAAGCAUGCAAUCAGCUGCUCGAAAACAUUCAAUUACAAACAUCGGAGUUUCUGCGAAAUGUAAUAACAUUCAAAUGGCAGGACAAGUACAAGAUUCUUCUAAUUUCAAUUCACCAUCUUUUUACUGUAAGAACGGAAUCAUUUUAUAUACGAAUGGCUUGUAUCAACAAAAUAGGGCUGAUAUGUGUACUAUUUGCAAAAAAUGUCACGACUCUCUAUCAAAGGGGCACAUCCCUAAGUUUUCACCUGCUAAUAAUAUGUGGUUAGGCGAUGUACCUACUGAAUUGCAAGGCUUAACAAUUCCCGAGGAAAAGUUAAUUUCACUUUAUCGUCACAAUAGUUGCAUUAUAAAACUACAUUCACCUUUUCAUUCAACUACAACUGCUCAAACAGCAUUAAAAGGCAACUGUAUUACGUUUCUUCAAAAUGUACCGAACAUCGUUAGUAGUUUACCACUUACACUUGAUGAUUUAUGUGACAUAGUUAAAGUGGUUUUUGUUGGCGCUCAGCGUCCUGAACGUCUUCAUCUCAAAAAAUUCUGA